ACGGUCACACCCAACUGGCAGAAAAAAAAAUCGCACUUUUCAUAUUAAAACAAAACAAAGUUGUUUACGAAGAAAACCAGAUAUUUACGGCGAUGAGCGCCACACCACGAACACCUGCCACACCGGGCACACCUGGCACUCCCGGCAGCCUGGCCAUGGAAGUGGCCCGCGUCCAGAAUUCGGCCCUCGCCGAGUUCAAGAAGCCCACGGCGAUGGUGCGCCACAAGAACAAGCCGAAGAUCCUCACCGAGGAAAAGUACAUCGAGGAGAUGUCCAAGAUCAUCCAGCGCGACUUCUUUCCGGAUCUGGAGCGGCUGCGUGCCCAGAACGACUACCUGGACGCGGAGUCACGGCGCGACUUUGUCCAAAUGGCCGAGAUUCGGGAGCGCUACAGUCUGGGCAGGAUUCCCGGGACGGGAAGAAGCACCAGCCGACGGAACAACCAGCGGAAUAAUGCCAUGUCCCCGGCCACAUUUGAGACACCAGUGAGUCAGGCGAAUGGCAGCAAUACCCCAUUGCCCAAUUCCCGGGCCACAGACACACCAUUUUCCACCGAUGGCAGCGAGAAGAGCGACGCCGAGGGCAGGGACAACACCUCCAAGCUAUCGCUGGACGCCUUCCUGCAGAAGUACACCAGCGAGGAUAACCAGAGCUUUCAGGAGAUCAUCGAAACGGCGGAGGCCAAGCUGCGUCAGAAAUACGCUGUGCUCUAUAACCAUGAGAAGCUCUCCGCAGAGCAACUGCAGCGUGCUCUCAUGCUGCCUAGCAUAGAAAAGCAAUUCGAGGAGCCAGAUCCGCUGAGGAAGAUAGAAACCUGGAACUACACCAACAUGAACUCCAUUAUGUACGUGCCCGAUGGCGUGGAGUACACCGAGGAGGAGCGCGUCCAGUUGGCCGAGCGAAAGCAGAGCAUCCAACACAAUGCCACCAGGCUGCCCGAUGAGGCAAAGCACCGCGAGAUGGACACCAAAAAGCAGGAUGAAGUGUCACAAAACGGUGCCACUGGAGAAGCCACAGCCACUCCGAGAAUACGCGGUUUCGAUUUGUUGCGCUCACCAUCACCACGACCCGGCGAGGCUUUCUCGCCCAUCAUGACGUGGGGCGAGAUCGAUGGCACUCCCUUUCGCCUGGACGGAGGCGACACGCCAUUGCGGCCAACGCAAGGACCCUCGUUCCGGAUCAAUGAGAACUCACGGCGUGAAAACAUCGCCAUUGCUUUGGCGGAAAAGGUCAGCGAAAAGAUGCGAAAUCAGAAACAAAUGGCCCUGGACACGGCGCGUCGCAACAUUGGAUCUCCACUGAUACGCACCAACAUGGAACGACUGGCCAGCAUGUCGCCGGCAGCCCAGCUCCUGGCCACGGGUAAGCUGGGUAUCCGAGGAACGCCCAGAUUAGCGCACACACCAUCACCGCUGGGCGCCAGAAAGCGCAAGGUCACGCCCGGUGUGGUGAGGAGCACCACCAAUACGCCACUGGGAGCACCCAAACAACAGCCGGCCAAGAUGAGCACUCCGUCUAAGAACGCCACCAUCGAUACGGGAUCCACACUCACGGACGAUCUGCUCAAGAUACCCACUAAGCGACGCACUGCAGCCGAUUUCUUUUAGCACAUACAUACCCAUGCCGCAUUGUUCAUGUUUAAUUUCAUUAGAAUACAUCAUAAUCCUACGUCUGUUACUACGAAA